GCUAAGAUGGCGGCGCCCGCGGCACGAGCCGCCCGCCGUUGGCUUUUCGGCCUGAGGGCUGCUUCGCCCCGGCUCCAGGCGUCUUGGGGACGGCGGCAGUCCCACGACCAGCGGCCGCAGCCCCGGGCUCGGGCCAAGGGUCUCUUAGCGGCUCAGCUCGAGCGGGGCCUGUUCCAGGAGAUAUUCCCACCCCAAGCCGCCGAGGAGCAGCUCCCCGGGUUGUUAGAGGCGGGCCGCCUUCCCGUGACGGCCUACUGCGGCUUCGACCCGACGGCCGACUCGCUGCACGUCGGGCACCUGCUGGCGGUGCUGGGCCUGCUGCACUUCCAGCGCGCGGGCCACGACGUGGUGGCCUUGGUGGGAGGCGCCACGGCUCGCCUGGGAGACCCCAGCGGCCGCACGGAGGAGCGCGCGGUGCUGCCGGAGGAGCGCGCCCGGGAGAACGCGAGCUCCCUCCGCCGGGGGCUCCAGAGGCUCUUCGACAACCACCGCGAGCUCUUCUGGAGCGGGGAAGGGACUCGCCUGGGCCGCGCCGCCGUGCUGGACAACGCCAGCUGGCUGGAGCGCGAGCCCGUGGUGGGGUUCCUGUGCGCCGUCGGGGGCCACCUGCGCAUGGGGACGCUGCUGAGCAGGCAGAGCUGCAAGGCCCGCCUGAGCAGCCCCAGCGGCAUGGGGCUGGCCGAGUUUCUGUACCCGGCGCUGCAGGCCUACGACUUCCUGCACCUGCACCGACACCAUGGCUGCCGCAUCCAGCUGGGAGGAGCGGACCAGAUGGGCAACAUCAUGUCCGGACACGACCUCGUCUCCAAGGUGACAGGCGAAGAUGUAUUUGGAAUAACAGUGCCUCUUGUUACAAGUACCACUGGAGAUAAGUUGGGGAAAUCUGCUGGCAAUGCAGUUUGGCUAAACAGGAAUAGGACAUCUCCCUUUGAGUUAUAUCAGUACUUUGUCAGACAGCCAGAUAGCGCUGUUAAAAGGUAUCUGAAGCUUUUCACUUUCCUCCCUCUUCCGGAAAUCCAACACAUUAUGGAAAUGCAUGCUAGAGAGCCUGAGAAGUGGGGGGCCCAGAAACGGCUUGCUGCUGAAGUAACUAAGCUUGUUCAUGGCAAAGCAGGUCUGGAAUCUGCUAAGAGGUGCACAAGGGCCCUUUAUUACAGUGACAUAGCAGCACUAGAGACUAUGUCCGACCAAGAGCUUCAAGAACUCUUCAGGGAAGCACCAUAUGUUGAGUUGAUGCUUGAACCUGGAACAACAGUACUUGAAUUGUGUCGGAAAGCGAAUGCUAUUGCAGAUGGACCAAGGGGGCAUCGUGACAUAACAGGUGGUGGAGUUUCUAUAAACCACAUUAAAGUAACUGAUCCCGAUGCUGUUCUUGUUCUUGGACAACAUAUCCUCAGCAAUGGCUUGUCACUCCUUAGAAUUGGAAAAAGAAAUUACUAUGUUGUGAAAUGGCUUCAGUUGUCACAUGAAGAACAAAAAUGCUGAGGUUCUUUUCAAGUAUGUUAUGACUGCAUUUUUCUUCGUGGAGUGAGAACACACAUCAAACAACUCGCAAGAAUUGUGGUGUGAAUUGCUUUUUCUCACUGUGUGAGACUUGGUAUCAUCUGGAAAUUGGAUGGCAUCUUAAUUCAUACUUCAAUCAUGAAACGAGGAGGAACUGUCUGGUACAAUGCAGUGUCUAUCCAAAGAACGCAACUGUUGAAAUACGUUAUCGUAAGUAUUGGUUAUAAAACGCUUGUCUACAAUAAAGGUAAACUAAAUGAA